AUGGCUUUACAACCACACAUCGGGGAGGGGGCAUUCAGGGAUGAACCAAAGAUAGAUGAAGGCCCAAUAAUUGACGGCAAGCCAACGAGUAUCUCAACAUGGUCAGCAAAACAGUUGAAAGACUGCGCUCUCCUACCUGGCCUGUUCAAGACGAUCAAUUUGGCUUAUCUGACGUCUGACGAGAAGAGUUUUGGUACAAGUACCGGAGAUAGACUCAAGUCCACCGAAGAUCUGAUACAAGUGCUUCGCAACGAUGCCAACUCAUUCAUCAUCAUAUUAAACCAAACUCAUAGCGACAGAGAGGUUUUAUCAACUGCCAGCUGUCGAAGGUACUACGGACCGGAAUCGGAUACCAGUCGGGCUUGGGCGUGCACUCACACGCCUGCACCUGGUGUCGAAGAGUGGGAACUGAAGUUGGUGGCGACUCAUCCUUCAGCUCAAGGCAAAGGGCUGGCGAGCUACAUGCUCGGACUUACGGAGAAAGAGGUCGUCAGUCGAUUCAACGCUAGAGAAGGGAGUCGUCGCAAGGCUGCGGCGGCGCAGUCUCAUCCCAAGAUGAUCAUGUGCACCCCAGAGACGACAUUUGCGGAAUUCUAUGCUCGAAGAGGGUAUGGCAAGGAUUACGUGCGGCCCUUUAAAAACGAUCAUAUUGGCUUUGACAUAAACUUCAUGUCCAAGAUGCUGGAUCCGAAAGAUGGUGAUCAUAUGGAAUAG